GUAGCACUGGAAGGUGGUGGUGGUGAAGGAUACACACUGAGUCGGCUGUUCACACGGGUUUCACUGUGAAAACCAGCAGGAGUGUAGCUAGACCUGCAGGUAGUCACCACCGAGCUUCUGGAGGUCAUAACCAGGUUUAGUCGAAACAAACAACUGGACCGGACCCCUGAUCCCGCUGUCCGGAGGGGGAAAAAAAGAGAGAAAAGUCCUGCUGUUAGGCAUCCGAGCGGCCCAAAGAUGUUGCUUCUGUGGACGUUUUUUCUCCUGGGAUUGAACAGGAUAUGCCAAGUUGCCUCUAGUAGUCCGUGGAGCCAGUGUGUGACCGCCAAACACUGUCAGGCCAAGUUUGGAGACAAGACAUGUGACGAAGAGUGUCUGCACCCCGAGUGUCUCAGAGACGGCUUCGACUGCCUGAAGGCCCAGGGCCACUGCAACCCGGGUCACAUCCAGUACUGCCGCGACCACUACGCCAACUCCCACUGUGAGCACGGAUGUAACAGCGCCCCCUGUGGCUGGGACGGAAGCGACUGCUUCAGAAACCAGAAGCCCCUGUGGGCCAAAGGCACCCUGGUCCUUCACACCCACAUCCCCCUGCAGCGCGGCAGCUUCACCAACAGCUCGCUGCUCUGGGCCCUCAGUGUGCUCCUCCAGACGUCACUCAAACUCCGAGGCUCCGCCCCCCUCGCCGCCAACAGGGACUUGUUCGCCUUCACCCCCCAGCAGCUUGCUGACCUGCUGGCUCAGGCGUCGUCAGUGGACUCAAAUGGCUCCCUCCUUUUCCUCCAAGUGGACAACAGGCCAUGCUCCCGUCUUCCCUCUACCUGUUUCCCCCACGCCAGCGAGGCAGGCAACUUCCUGCGUGCCGUCAUGUCGCCGAAGCCCAGGACGCUCCCCUCCCUGCCCGAGCUAAAGGCCAUCAUCAAUAUUAGAGGAGUCCGAGAGGAAAUAGGAAGUAGAGAGGAGGAAAAGGUGGAAAUGGAAACCAAAGAAGAUGCGACCCCUGCGUGGCUAUGGGCCGUGGUCGCCAUAGCGAUAGGCCUGGCCCUGGUGCUGGCCCUGGUGGUUUUCCUGGUGAUUAGGAGGGUGAGGCAGCGGCGUGCGGAGAGGGAGGGCGGCAACAGGGUGAGACACCGGUCCACUGUGACCGACAACGAUGGCAGCGCCAAGGCCUGGACGCAGCACGCGGCCCACCAGGAGCAGAGGGUCCGAUCCAGCCGGGAGAAGGAGAGGAACGGGCUGAAGAAGAAGAAAAAAGCAAAGGAGGCAGAGAAGAAGAGGAGGAGGGAGCCGCUGGGGGAGGACGCCAUCCGAAUGCGACCGCUCAAACGAGACCUGGAUAUAGGAAGUGACACGGACUUUACCCAGAGUUCAAUGGAGGACAUCAGUGCGCGAUGCUCCAGGCGGCAGGAGGACGCCUCAAUCUGUGACCACAGAAGCCAGGAGCAGAAACACUACCGGCCCGGCCACUCGCAGCCCCGCAGGAACAUUCAGCCUCCGCCCCGAGGAUGGGAGAGAAGCGCCAUCCCUCCUCCUCUGCUCAGUCCUCCCCAGCAGUCGGCCCCUGUGCAGUGGUGCGGUCCCGAUGGCUCCGUGGUUCUGAUCCGGGCGGUGCGUAGCGGGCUGGACAGAGUCGUUUUGGAGCUGCUGCGAGCAGGAGUGCCCGUCAACAACACAGAUCACACUGCACCCCUGCUGCCCUCCUCUGACUCAGAACAAAGUUAAUGUGCUCAAGUGCCCAAACUUGUUUCGACGGACAUAUUAACUUUGCUGCUUGUCCCCUCAUCCUCCCUCCGUUCGAUCUUGCUGUCUCUUCGAGCUGUUC